GUAAACUCACGAACACAAACUUGUACACUUGCUGUUUGAUUGCACGUUGUACAUACUUGUAAUACAGACUAUAGACUACAGCUACAGUGAAGUAACUACUUACUACACAGUACGAAAUUGGUACGAUCAAAUGUGCUGUACGUGAAAAAGCACAUGGUUAAAAUUGUAUUUGUUCAAAUUGUGUCGUCAGAUUAAAAUUGUGCGUUGCACGUGAUAUAUGAAGAAGAAACCGUGACUACUGGUAAAAUGGUUGAUAUAAAAGACGAGAAAGUAAAUGGAGAGAUUGAAACUCCGCAAAAAACCGCGAAACAAUUGCAGAAAGAAGCUAAGAAAUUAGCAAAACUCGACAAGUUUAAGCAAAAACAAGAAAAGAAAGAAGUCAGCGAUAAAACGGUGAAAGUGAAAGAAAAGAAUGAAGUGAGGAUACAGAAAAGUGAAAAUAAAAAAGAUUCCAAAGAAUCAGCUGUCUAUAUUAUUGAUACACCUUUAGGAGAGAAAAAGGAUGUUAAUUGUACAAUGCCUGAUACAUAUAGUCCAAAAUAUGUUGAAGCUAUGUGGUAUGCAUGGUGGGAAAAACAAGGAUUUUUCAAACCUGAAUAUGGUGGUAAAGCUAUAUCAGAACCAAAUCCUAAAGGUAAAUUUAUUAUGGUCAUACCACCACCGAAUGUUACCGGUGUUCUUCAUCUUGGACAUGCAUUAACGAAUGCUGUUCAAGAUGCUAUUACAAGAUGGAAUCGCAUGAAAGGACGUACAACACUAUGGAAUCCUGGUUGUGAUCAUGCUGGUAUUGCUACACAAGUGGUUGUUGAAAAAAAGCUAUGGAAGGAGCAACAAAAAAGUCGCCAUGAUAUAGGAAGAGAAAAGUUUAUAGAAAAAGUUUGGAACUGGAAAGAAGAAAAAGGGCACAGAAUUUAUUUACAGCUAAAAAGACUAGGUGGUUCCUUUGAUUGGGACCGUGCUUGUUUCACUAUGGAUCCAAAACUGUGCAAUGCUGUUACAGAAGCAUUUAUAAGGUUGCACGACGAAGGUGUAAUUUAUAGGAGUAAUCGUUUGGUGAACUGGUCAUGCACUCUAAAAAGUGCUAUCUCUGAUAUAGAAGUUGACAAAGUAGAAUUAACGGGUCGAACGUUGUUUUCAAUUCCUGGAUAUCAAGAAAAAGUGGAGUUUGGAGUGUUAGUAUUAUUUGCUUAUGAAGUAAUCGGUACAAAGGAAAGGAUAGUUGUGGCUACUACUCGAAUUGAGACUAUGCUAGGAGAUACCGCCAUUGCUGUGCACCCGCAAGAUACUAGAUAUACCAAAUUUAUUGGAAAAUACGUACAGCAUCCGUUUUGCAAUAGAAAAUUACCUAUUAUUGCCGACGAAUAUGUUGAAAAGGAAUUUGGAACGGGAGCUGUAAAAAUUACACCUGCUCAUGAUCCUAACGAUUAUGAGAUAGGAAAGAGACACAACUUAGAGUUUAUUACAAUUUUCGAUGAUAGUGGGAAUGUUAUCGGUGAUUAUGGACAAUUUACGGGAAUGAAACGAUUUCAUGCUAGAGCAGCCAUAAUAGAAGAAUUGACAGCAAGAAAUUUAUUUGUUGAAAUUAAAGACAAUCCCAUGGUGGUGCCGAUAUGCAGUAGAUCCAAAGACGUUGUUGAGCCAUUGAUGAAACCUCAGUGGUAUGUAAGGUGUUGUGAAAUGGCAGAAAAUGCUAUGAAAGCGGUGCAAACGGGCGAAUUGAAAAUUAUUCCAGAUCAAUACAAGAAAAUCUGGUAUCAUUGGAUGGAAAAUAUCAAGGACUGGUGCAUUUCGCGUCAGUUGUGGUGGGGUCAUCGUAUCCCCGCGUACUUCGUUAAAGUACUCGAUGGGGAAGUAAAUAUGCAGUUACGUGGAGAAUUGUGGGUCAGUGCGCGGUCAGAAAGCGAAGCUAAGGAGAAAGCAGCUAGAAAGUUAGGUACAACUGUGAACAAUAUAGUUGUUGAACAAGAUCCCGACGUAUUGGAUACAUGGUUCUCUUCUGGCCUAUUUCCAUUUUCGAUAUUCGGAUGGCCAAAUCAAACUGAAGAACUCGAGGCGUUCUAUCCUGGCUCGUUAUUAGAAACUGGACACGAUAUACUAUUUUUUUGGGUAGCGAGAAUGGUGUUUUUUGGACAAAAGUUAUUAGGGAAGUUACCAUUUAAAGAAGUCUACCUGCAUGCGAUGGUCAGAGAUGCACAUGGUAGAAAAAUGAGUAAAUCCCUGGGAAACGUAAUAGACCCGAUGGACGUAAUUAAUGGAAUAUCAUUGGAAGAUCUUCACAAACAACUGUUGGACAGCAAUUUGGAUCCAAGAGAACUGAAACGUGCAAUAGAAGGACAGAAACGCGAUUACCCGCAGGGAAUUCCGGAGUGCGGCACGGACGCGUUAAGAUUUGCUCUCUGCGCGUACACUUCUCAGGGCCGUGACAUCAAUCUCGAUAUUCUGCGCGUGCAGGGCUACAGAUUUUUCUGUAACAAGAUAUGGAACGCGACAAAAUUUGCUUUGAUGUACCUUAAUUUAAAUUCUAUGGGCAACAAUGACGAAUUGGCAGAACCUAUGUUAGUUGUUCAGAGCAAAGCUAACAUACUCGAUAACAAUGAAUGGUACAAGUGCACUUUGAAGGAAGCUUGUGUGCAAGACGCCUUGAAUAAUUAUUUAUGCGAUUAUCCUUACCUAGAUGGAUACACACCGUCGCAAACGGAUGCGAAAGUAUAUUUAACUUUCGUCGAACUAAAUGUUAACAUUGUCAGCUAUCCGCAUUUGCAUCGCUGGUAUAAACACAUUGCGUCGUUUAGUGAACAAGAGCAAUUAUUGUUCCGUCCGGUAGAAGGUAAAUCCUUACCUGAAUCUGUCUGUAAAGUUCGCAACAGUAAUUGUAAUUAUAAUUAUAAUGAUGGCAUUAGUAAUAAUCAUGGUGUAGACUCCCUUAGUUUUGAAGCGUACACAAAUGUUGAUCUGUGGAUGCUCUCUCGUGUGAGUUACGCUGCAAAGACCUGCGACAAAGCAAUGGAACAAUAUGACUUUACCACGGCCACGACCACCUGUUACAACCUUUGGUUGUACGAUUUGUGCGACGUAUACCUGGAGUAUUUGAAACCAGUAUUUCAAGGAAAUGAUAACGAGAAAAAGCACGCGGCAACAAAAACUCUGCUCAGAACGCUGGACGUAGGAUUAAGAUUACUGUCUCCAUUUAUGCCGUUCAUAACGGAAGAACUUUAUCAACGUUUACCUCACAAGAAACAAAUUUAUCCCAGUAUUUGUGUCAGCCCUUAUCCAGAGGAGUCCGAGUGUUCCUGGAGGAAUCUAGAAAUAGAGAAGGAUGUUGACUUUGUCAUGAAACUAAUAAAGAAUGUCAGGUCCACACGUGCUACUUAUAAUUUACCAAAUAAAACUAAAACUGAAGCGUUUAUUGUGUGCACCGAUCACAGUCUGAAAAAGAAGCUUAUGAACUAUCAAUUGUUAAUAGAGACCCUUGCUUACUCUACGAUACGAACAAACGAACCCCCAUCUGGAUGUGCUAUCCUUACAGUGACAGACAAAGUUCAAGUGCAUCUGCUGUUAAAGGGUUUAAUCGAUCCAAAGAAAGAGUUAGGAAAACUUUCUAAAAGGGAAGAACAAUUGGUAGAUAUUAUAGAAAAAACAAGGAAGGCUAUGGAAGUUCCUGAUUACAAUAUUAAGGUACCUUUGGAUAUUCAAAACGGUAACAAAGAGAAGAUGCUAAACAGCGAAGGAGAAUUGCAACGAAUUAUUGAUGCAAUCGCUGCUUUGAAAACAAUGUAACGAUCACUUUUCUGAUAUUUAUUCCUUCAUUAAUGUCUUAUUUAUUUAACUGUACUGGUAAUAGCUAAUUCUACAUGAUUCUAAUCUGAUAGAUUAAAAAGAAAAUUAAAUUCUUCAUUCAGUGCAUAAAUCCGUUUUUAAAAUCUCCUAAAUGUAUGUUCGAUCUUUCCAUAUUACAUAUGUAUAUGUUAGUUUACUCUUCUUUAAAGACAAGAGGACAAGACAGGUAACGUAUAUGUAUUCAUAUAGUCGUAUAAAUAUUAUAAUAACGAUUAUGGAGAAAGCAUUUAUUUCUCAUCUUCAUUUAUUAUAAAGCGUUAACGACGAAUGUGCAACAAUCGUUAAAAAAUUAAUAUACUUCAAACCUAACAAUGACAAACUAAUGAUUCCAAUAAACAUAUUCAAUAAGUUUCGAUUCA